AUGCUAGUGGAUCAUAAAUGUAUGGUGGAAGCAGCACUCGAAUUUCUAGCCUGGGAACUUGCUCACUGUCCGACUUGUAGUCACCCUAGAUUCUCGCCACUGCGUGAACUUUCCUUAUUAGGCUACACUGCGUUAUCGGGAACUUUUCACUUUUCCCGAAGUCCAACCGUCACCUGUUUGACUCGACACAAAAUGCCCCAACCGGUUACCAUCAAGCUGAAACGCAACAAAAAGGUGGUCAUGAUGGAGUGCCAGCCCAAGGAGACCAUGGAGCAGGUCAAAGCCCGGCUUGUGGCGCUUCUGCCCACAAUUGGACCCUCGGGGCUGUCGGACCUUGACGUGGAAAUGACGGACAUUCCAGUGCCGUUGACGGAGUACGAGACCACCACCUCCUCGACCAACAAGGGCAAACAGCCCGAGACGGAGCUUGGAGAAAUCCGACUGGCGGUGCUGGAAGGCGAACUGUGGGUGGAGAUCGAGGACUACAAGAAGCAAAAGGUGGGGGAUUACAACCGGGAUUUUGUCACGUUUGGAUGGGCAGAUGAGGGAGAGGACUUUGUGGUGCUAUAA